UACUAGCAUUCACGUCUGGAGGAGCGACUAUUGGUACAAAUUGCAACCACCCAGCAACACCUCGAUACGCUCGAUUCUCUCACAACUCGAUUCUCUCACAACAAAGAAACUUACAAAACCAAACCAAAACCAAACCAAAAAGAAAACACAUCAAUCAUCGACCAUGACGCAUUUCAUCAAGAAAGGAAAGACAUUCACCCUCCAGAGCAAGGAGGCGCUUGACAUUCAUGAGACUCUGCCCAUCGGAACUUACACCGUCGGCUUUAGCAGCUGUUCCGGGCAGUUUUACCUAGAAAAAAUCGACAACUUUGAAAUCAAUCACAAGCUCUACGGAGACACCACGAAGCACGCGGAACGCAUCAUGAACACUUUCCUGGAUCGAAAGGAAGCAUCCACCGGUGUUUUGCUCUCGGGGGAGAAGGGUAGCGGCAAGACAUUGCUGGCCAAGAUGCUUUCCAUCAAAGCCAGGGAGGAUGAAGGAAUCCCAACGCUGGUGGUCAACCAAGAGUUUAGCGGAGAAGGUUUCAACACUUUCCUACAAAUGAUCGAACAGCCCACGGUGGUUCUCUUUGACGAGUACGAAAAGGUGUACAAGCCCGGCCAACAGGAAAAACUCCUCACUCUCUUGGACGGUAUCUAUCCCUCCCAAAAACUAUUUUUGCUCACUUGCAAUGACAAGUGGCGUGUGAACGAGAACAUGCGAAACCGCCCUGGUCGUAUUUACUACACGCUGGACUUUGACGGCCUUGGCCCCAGUUUCAUUCGAGACUACUGCAAGGACAAUCUCCAAAACAAGGACAACAUUGAAAAGGUGGUGACAAUUUCCGGCGUCUUUCGGGCGUUCAACUUUGACAUGUUGAAGGGAAUGGUGGAAGAAAUGAAUCGAUACGAUGAAACGCCAGCUCAGGUUCUCAAGUUCCUCAAUGCUCGCCCUGCUUUUGAGCUCAAACAGAUCUCGUAUAUGGUCAAACUAAAGGAAGCAGACAAGGAAGGCAAAAUCUUCUCUGGCCGCAAGGACGGUCUCAACGACUUUAGUGGCAAUCCUCUCAAACAGGAGGUCGUCGUUUACUACCAGAAGAAGACUGAUGACGCGAAGCGCCCUCGAAAGCAAGUAUUGGAGCGUUUCAACGCCAAUGACCUUGUGGGCUUGAACAAUGACACGGGAGCCUACAUCUUCAAGAACAAGAAGGGCGUCACUAUCGUCUUGACUCCUCGCAAGACCGAGUUUGAAGUCCAAUUCGACAGGCUUCCCGCUCUCCGUACUCCCUACAACAAGAAGCGUGCCGUCAGUCCCACCGAAGGAUCGGAUAAGAUGAUCGAAGAUGGCUCUCCAGAUGAAGAUGAGCAUGCUUGGGCUAUGGAAUCUGCAGAAGACGAAGGUGACUACGGAGACUACUAGACAAGAAAGUUGACACGAGCACAAGUACCCAAUCAGCUCACCGUUGCAUUUGCUUCUAGGUGAUGAUGUCCCUGUUGUGCGGAGGCGGAUCCGUGGCUUGGGCUGUGGAAUUGGCUGCCGUUGAUUUCAGAGACAGUGUCAGCUGAAAUCUAGUUGCUAGCAGAGAGAACCUACUAGCUAGUGUCUUAACGUAACCUGUUGCAGGAUUUUGUGUCUCUUAUUGGUCUACCUGUCUAUUAAAACUACAAGUGCUCUCGGUUCUGCCGUCUCAGCACACCGUGGGCAUCUUGGCAUCUUCUGCUAGCUAGAAGGAAGAGGUUGCUUUCUUUGCCCUUCCCCUGGCUGGGCCCUUCACAGAAGUAACAUCCAACCCAUAUCUGCUCGUGUGGCCGUUUCCUCCCGAUCCAACAGAGCUUUGCCAGCAUCCAGACUUUCAAGCCAGAGGGGCGAGGUUGCUUUCGGUGCCCUUGCCCUGGAUGAACCCGUUAUAAACACGUAACAUCAGACACUCUGCCCACCAGCCGUUCCUCCUGAUCAAACAGAAUUCCUUACUCUAAAACCUCCUUGUCCGACAGAGUCGAGGAGUUUAGCAGCAGCUCUAGCUAGAGGUGGCCGACUGAACCACAGAGGAACCAAAGCAUUCGCAUGCAAUGGGCAAUGGAGCCGAGUUCAUUACGAAUUCAUUGUGGCGCCGGAUGAAUAGACCACCGCUUUUAUUUGCACAGUGUACUUU